CCGCCGGCGACCGGCACCAUCACACCACCACACCGAUCUACAACUGCUCCACACACAGUCAUCAAUCCGACCGACAGAGCAAGAUGUGCGGCGGUGCGAUCCUCGCGGAGCUCAUACCCAGCGGCGGCCGGAGGGGAGCCCCCGCCGCGGCGGCGAAGGACGACGACUUCGAGGCCGCAUUCCAGGACUUCGACGAGGGCUCCGAGGAAGAGGUCGUGAUGCUGACGGAGCGCGAGGCGUUCGCGCUUGGCGCCCGCGCCUCCGCCGGGGCCCGGCGCAACAGGCGUCCGAGCCGGUACCACGGCGUCCGGCGGAGGCCCUGGGGCAAGUGGGCGGCCGAGGUCCGCGACCCCGUCAGGGGCGUCCGCGUCUGGCUCGGCACCUUCGCCACCGCCGAGGCCGCCGCGCGCGCCUACGACGACGCGGCGCGCGACCUCCGCGGCGCCGGCGCCAAGCUCAACUUCCCGUCCUCCGCCGACACGGCGCGCACCCGCAAGCGCCGCGCCGCCGCCGCGGUCGCCAAGGCGUCGACGUACGGCGCCGAUGUUGUCGGCGCGCACGCGCUGUCGGCCGAAACCAGCGACGCCAUCUCAGGCGACAGCAGCUGCGGCUCCCUGCCGGACUUCUCGUGGCAGGGCAUGUCCGCGACCGACGACGGCGCGGCGCGGCCUGAUGAUGACUUCCACGUCGAGCCAGACCGGUCCGUGGAGCUCGGCUGCCCCAGCAAGCGGACCCGGACCGAACCCCAGGAGGAGGAGGUGGUGGUGGUGGCGCCAGCGCCACCGGCGGCGUCCGAGGGAUCCGCCGCCCUGCUGUUCGACGCUUUCAUGUUCGGCGACCAGUUCAGCUUCUUCGACGGCGGCGCGUACGAGUCUCUGGACGGUCUGUUCGGCAGCGACGCAGUGGAGAGCAACCAGAGCGCGGUGCUCUGGACCUUCGACGACAACCGUCUUGUCGAGGACACCAUGUGCUAUUAGUUGUUGGCCUGUCCCCUGCGCUUCACUGUUCUUCACUGUCACUGUACAAAUGCUCUCGUUGCUAGGAGCAAAGUGUCCCUGUAGUUUCUAACUCUGUGCAGCAGCAUAAGGGUUUUUUCGAGUCUGCAUCUUCAGAUCCCAUGUGCUUAAUCGAUCAAUUUCUGAGCUGCUAACA